CAAUGGAGCCAGAAGUUCCAUUUACUCUUGCAAAAUGACUCCAAAUCUUCCGUAAAUUUGCCAUAGAUUGCAGUUUUUAAGAGACAAAUGUCAAAUUGGAAAUAUUAUGGCAGCUUUUACAAGUUUAUUCAAAAAUAAUWCUCUAUUUUCUGGGUUACUUUCGAAGAAAACAUUGAACACAUCAGCGCGAACRUUUCAUCAUCUUUGCUCUUCAAAUGGAAACUUCCAAUGUCAUUCAUUCAAGAGAAUACCAAUUAAUCAAUUCAAAAACGAACUUAAGCGAGGGUCCCUAAAACGUCAACUAAAUUUAGUUCAGUUUCAAAGGCUUAAACAGUGGAGAGGGAAUUCCUAUUUUCAUCAAGUUUUUGUGCGGCAGAUUAAGUUUAGGGGGUUUCGCACAAGUCCAAGACGCGAUGCCUGGCCAGUAGCUGCAUUGUUACUAAAACUUCUUGGUCCGCUUUCAAAGAUUUCGAAACUCGCUGCAAUGGUYGCUGGAAGGACAUUUAGAAAACUCAACCCCAAGUACAAACAAAUGCUAUUCACCGAAAAAAGAACAGAAAARCUGAUCAUUAUUGCUGGAGCAUUUGGAGGCCUGUCAGUCGCAUACUAUUUCUUUCACUUAGAACAAACGCCAUUCACUCGGAGAGUUCGAUUUAUGCCUCUUGGGAAUGCUCAAAUGGAACAGAUCAUUGAAUCCGARUAUAAACAAGCAUUGGAGGUUUGUGGUGACAACAUUUUGCCUGUCAAUCAUCCUGACCAUAUAAGGGUAUUCCAAGUGACAAAGAGACUKGUAACAAAAAAUCAGUGUAAAGAAAUGGAGGGGAUUAAGUGGCAAGUUAAUGUUGUUGACACUCCAGAUAUGAAUGCUUUUGUCUUACCAAAUGGCCAGAUAUUUAUGUUCAAAGGAAUGCUUGACAUUCUUCCAAAUGACAGUGCCUUGGCGACAAUCUUGGGGCAUGAGAUGGCACAUGCUAUUUUAAAACAUGGUGCAGAGCAAGCAAGUCUUCAUGGUAUUAUAAAUCUGUUUAUUGUCAUAUCAUUGGCAAUAUUGUGGGCGAUACUACCAACUGACUUCCUUGCUAUUAGUGCCCAGUGGUUUCAAGACCAAAUCCUUACUAUUCUUUUACAUCUGCCUUAUUCAAGGACACUAGAGGAGGAAGCUGAUGAAGUUGGAAUGCUCUUUGCUGCAAAGGCUUGCUUUGAUGUGCGUGAGAGCCCAAAGUUAUGGGAAAGACUUGCAGUGAAAGAAAAUAUGGAAGGGACACCUGAUGCAGAAUGGCUGUCUACCCACCCCUCCCAUACCAGCAGAGCAAGCAAUCUCGACUCCCUCCUUCCUGAGGCUCUUCAGAUUAGACAAGAUUGUAACUGUCCWGCACUUGAUGCAUUUCGUCCAAUAAUGAAGGAUUACCAGCCAAGGCUGCUAAAACUACUGGGUGUGAAAAUACAAUUAGAUUUUGACUUAAUUUGGAUAUUGUAUCUAAUAAAUAUCAUAGCCAAUCACAGACAAAAUUUGAAUUGAUUAGAUAGGCUCCUCYGCAGACCUGUCAUCMUUUURACUCUGAUUGCCUGCAGAGGAGUCUAUGCAUGAGGUUGGUUUUCAUCAGAAUAGUAAGUUCUAGUUAGCCUAAAGUCCUCAUAAUCAUUUCAAUAUAGUUACUAAAUAUUAUAACAGUUUUAUUAUUAUAGUUGAAUUCUCAGGGCUUUCAAUCUCAGGCAAUUUCAUACGUCCUGAUUGUGUCUUGAAAUUGAUAAAUCAACCAUUAUUUAUAAAAAAGACCAAAAAAAUGGUUGCAUUUUUUUGAGGUUUUGCCAUUCUCUUUUAAAACUAACUAAAGAUACGUUGCAAUGUUUCACUUUGCUACAUGUAUAUUCAUGCAAAAAACUGAGCACAUUUUUUUGUAAAUAAUAUACCGUUACUUAAUAAAACAUGGCAGUUUUGCCAUUCUCUUGAAAAA